AUGUCUCUCGAACGCACUCACCAGCCUUCCAGCUCAUCACCCCCGGCACAGACACCACCGGCACAAAUAGCCCCGACCACGGAACUUAAAUGCUGGGUCACGCUCGUAGACUACCCAUCCACCUCCCAACCAACCAGCAUUUCCUCGGUCUCACUUACAGUAGACAGCGCGCGCAGGACUGUUGCGACUAUGAAGCAAGACUCUCAGGUGAGGUACUCCCAGAUUACGGACGCAGGCCACGGUCUGGGCGAGACCGAACACCCCGGGAAUGAACUGAGAGAUAUUGAAGAGUUUGACGUCAAUGGCUUCACGCUUUCCGCUCCAAGAGGCUACUUCCAAGCCUAUGGCUCACAACUUCUGGCACAGAACGUACCAUCCUCUCGAAUGCGGCAUGUCGCAUCUUCUGCCAACUUCAUUUCACCCUUGAACCCCUCAGCAGCCCCCUUCACUAUCGUCCAGCGAGAUCGGACCGUUUCAGGAUGGCAGGAGACCGUUUUACGCACCUGCCUAACAUGGAACGAUGCGCGCAAACAUAUGUGUGAGUGUAGGAGAAAUCGCCAACAACGCAUGGUUCUGCACGGCCAACCUGGCGAAAGGGUCAGUUUUCAGGUCGAUUUGCAGGAUCGAGAGGACUUCGGCUUUGAUCUUUUCGCCUGCGGAGAGCUUUUCAGACGGGUAUAUGUGAGAUACGGAGAGGAUGUGAGGAGGCAGGUUACGGCCGCCGUCCCUGUCAUUCGAUCUGCAUCACAUCAUGACUUCCACCAUGAACGCCUCCCAGAUCGACGCGAUUCGGACCAUUCUCAGCAAUAUCAGAUCAGAAUUCGUGCUCAUGUGUGUGUGACAACUUACCGAGGAAUGCAAGAUCUUACCGUUGGACCCCACAAAGGCACCAAAGUUAUGGCGAAGUUUGAAUCGCUUGAAGAUGCGAAAGCAUGGAUACAACUGAUUCCCAGGCAAGCUGGAGUGUAUAAGCAAUCGACAAUGAACGUAAUAGGCAGAUAG